CAUAAUACCAGCAAAGCAAAACUUUUCUCUAUUUAUUACAGAGGUUUAAUUAAUUUAUUUACAUUAAGGACAUAAAGUGACAUCUAGAGAUGGAUAACAGAAUAGUGCUUCUGUUUGCUGCAGUUGCAAUUAAUUUCGGUCAUUUAUUGGCAAGUCAAAACAUGAACUGCGCACAAGGGUACUGGGGCACAGAUUGCAAAAAUGCAUGUCCCGAAGGAUGCUCGUCCGUUGGAUGUGACAAAGCUGCUGGCUCUUGCUUUGGAUGUGAUUCAGGAUAUCACGUCGGAAUAAGCAAACGACAGUCGCAACUGCAUCCGAAAAUAGAAAUGUUGAACAUCAGAGUUUUUCAUAUACAGUGGAUCGUUUAUGAUUAGUGGAUCAUAAGAGUAAGGCCAAAUAUGAGAUACCAUUGCUUUAAACCGGAAAAGACAACCGCACAUAAAUGGUUCAAGAAACAAACAAAGCAUUUGAAGGAGAAGAAAAUUAUGACAGCGUCCACAUGAUAGACGAGAUCUGCGAAAUUUCUUUGGUCUCUGAUAAGAAACAACUUUUAAAAAAGCACAUCCAGAUAAAAGAAAACGUAAGCUAUGUAGUAACGACUAAGUUGAAAGUAAAAUUCAUUUUCCAAGUCUAUUGUAAUGAUUAUGUUAUAAUUAGACAAAUAUUAAUUGUCCAACUAAAUAAUAUGUGUGAUAAUAUCAAAGGACAAAUUCAUUUUGCAAAUGACAAAGUAAGUUUUAAAUAUUAUUAAACUAUUUUCUUAUUGUUUCAGAACUCGUAUAUCGAGUAUGUAGACUGAUUUCGUUUGCAGAAAUGUAUCAGUCACUUUUGUAAUUUUAUAUCAUGUAAAGUUACAUUCUGCUUAGAUUACAUUUUGAAAAUUGACAAUAAUAUUACUGCAUAGUAUCUGUGUAAACAUGAUAUUUGUAUGUGUUUUUAAAUAAUAUUGUAUGUUCGAUUUACAAUCAGUGUAGUGUGAUAUAUUUCUCUUAUUUUGAAUGCAGAUUGGUUUAAGAAAUAUCAUAUUCUACGUAUUUUCAAUUCAUUUCUUUUCUACGAUAUAAUAUUACAAUUUCAAAUUCUCUAAUCAAGAAUUAAUCAUAUAUUCAUAUCAGUCACAUAUGUCUUACUUCUGUAAUGAAAUGGUCUUCCGUUUCAUUUAUAUUUAAUUUAUUUGUCAUAAAUUCCCCUUGAUUGGUUUAAGAAAGUAUUAUACUAUACGAUUAUCUAUUCUAUUCUAUUCUAUUCUACUCUAUUCUUUUCUACGGUAUAUAAUAUUACAAUAAUUGUUAAUUGUCUUAUCAAGAAUAAACUUUAUUUUUAAAUGUUUGGAGAUAUUUCUAGGAUUAUUCAAUAAGUAAAUCACAGAUUGAAAGCUUCUGGCAAAGACUUCCGUUUCUUUUUUGAAAUGUUUAUUAAAUGUAACCAUAAUCAAGGGAUA